CAGUCAAUACUUAUCGAUAGCGGUAAAAAAAAGUUUGUAGAAAAUUUUCUUCAUUUCUAAAUGCUAAUUGAAUAGAGUAUUAUUGAGUGAUAAUUGUGCAAUGGAAACCAGUUUGGAUGAAAGCAUGGAUGCCGAUAGAGCAAGUCCAAGUCCGCAAGACACUCAAUCGCAAACUUCACCAGCAAUCAACGGCAAACCCGCUGGUGUUGGUGUUGGUAGUCAAGACGGCCUAAAAGGGGUGGCAAUUACUAAUGAAAAAACAAACGCGAGCGACUUGCAAAGGAGCAAGCCGUUCAAUGCGUUUAGCGGUCGCCCAAUGGGCGAGCACACCCAGAUGCAGCAACAGCACCAGCAGGCUGCUCAGCAUAUGGCCAAUAGUCAACCAGCUCAGGCGGUCAAUGGAGUUUCACAGGCGCCAGAAAUUUGGGUCGAAACGAAAGCCGAGGACGGACGUUCGUAUUAUUAUCAUGCAGUGACUCGUGAGACAACCUGGACGCGACCGGAUGGUCCAAAUAUAAAAAUUAUGACACAAACUGAGGUCGAGGAACUGGCCAAACGUCAAACGAAUACGGUUGCUAAGCCUGAAACGAGCUUAACGGAUCAUGCUGAAGUGCCACCUGGAGCAUCUGCUUUGCCUGGCCAUUCACAUUUGACCUCGCAACCACCGCCGCAUCUAUUGAACCAACCACCGCCCAAUGCUGCGGCGCCGCUGCUUAGCCAGCCGCCUCCGAAUGUGCGACAGCAACCGCCACCGAUGUUCCAACAGCCACCCGGCAUGCAGCCCCCACCAGGCUUUGGUCAGCCGCCGCCGUUUUGCAUGCCACCACCCGCUUAUGGAUUUCCCGGUGCUGCACCAGCAGGUCCCUGGGGCGUUGGAGUGCCACCAUGGCAACAGCAGCAGCAUAUGCAUGCACCGCCUGGAGCAGCACAAGACAAGCCCGCUAAGAAUCUGAUUAUCAAGCCGGGUGUUAUUGAUCCGGCGGUCAUUGCCCGCGCAGCCGAAUGGUCGGAGCAUCGUGCACCUGAUGGCCGACCCUACUAUUUUCAUGCAGCACGUGGCGAGAGCGUGUGGGAGAAACCACAAGCGCUUCGCGACAUGGAAGCGGCACGCAUGGCAGCCCACUCGGGCGCUGCACCACAAACAGCAGCAGUUGGCCCGCCGAGCGGCAUGCCGCCUCAUUUGCUUCCCAAUCCGCUAAUGCAUAUGCCGCCGGGUGCUGCACCUGGCUUUGAUCCGCAAAUGGCAUUCGCAGCCGCUGCGGCAGCCAUGAAGGCUAACAGUGAAAACAACAAGGCUGCACAGGCCGCAGUGCUGGAGAAGGAGGCUAAAAAGGCGGCCGAGGAGAAACGCAAAAAGGAGGAAGAACAAAAGAAACUCGCGGCAGCUGUAGCGAGUGCCAAGCAAACCGACAAAUCGCGUCCUGUGACCAGCACGCCCAUUGCGGGUACACCAUGGUGUGUUGUAUGGACCGGUGAUGCGCGUGUCUUCUUUUAUAAUCCGUCAACUCGCACUUCAGUUUGGGAUCGACCAGAAGAUUUAAUGAAUCGCGAGGAUGUCGACAAGGCGGUUAAUGAACGGCCAGAGCAACUGAAAUCUGCAGAAGAAAAAUCUGCUGAGCCAGAUCAUAAACUAGGCGAGAAUGCCAGUGUGCUGGAGAAGCUGGCACAAGCUCAGCAGCAACCACAACAGGUUCAGCGCGUGGAACCGGAUGAUGACGAAGAUGAUGAGAUCAUUAAAAUACGCACCGAAUCCGAAUCGAGCGUGGAGGAGGUACCCACAAAGCGGGUGCGCACGUUUACUAAACCCAAGAAAAAUGAGGAUGCAGUACUGGAGGCUGAACAGCGUGCGGCCAAGGAGCGUGCUUUGGUGCCACUCGAGACGCGCGUCACUCAGUUCAAGGAGAUGUUGCGCGAAAAGGAUGUUUCAGCAUUCAGCACCUGGGAAAAGGAGCUACACAAGAUUGUGUUCGAUCCACGCUAUUUGCUGCUCACAUCAAAGGAACGCAAACAGGUAUUUGAAAAGUAUGUGAAGGAUCGCGCAGAGGAGGAGCGCAAAGAGAAACGCAAUAAGAUGCGACAGAAGCGCGACGAUUUCCGCAAACUCAUGGAGGAAGCCAAGCUGCAUGGCAAAUCAUCCUUUUCGGAGUUUAGUCAGCGCAAUGCCAAGGAGGAGCGAUAUCGAGCCAUAGAGAAGGUGCGCGAGCGCGAGAGUUUGUUCAAUGAAUUUAUCGUUGAGGUGCGUCGGCGGGAGAAAGAGGAUAAACAGCUGAGAAAAGAGCAGAUACGCAAGGACUUUAUGGAUAUGCUGCGGGAGCGUCAUGAUAUUGACCGGCACACGCGCUGGUAUGACAUCAAAAAGAAGUUCGAAUCGGAUUCGCGGUAUCGAGCAGUAGAUUCCAUGUACCGAGAACAAUACUUCGAGGACUACAUGCACAUUAUGAAGGACGAGAAGCGUAGAGAGCGUGAGCUUCGUGAUCAGCGUGAUAGGGAACGCCAGCGUGAACGCAAAUCAGAUCGCCGAGAUAGGGAUAAGGAAAAAGAGAAAAGCCGCAAGGAAAGUCGCAGGGAUCGCAGUCGCUCAAGAGAUCGAGAGCGUAAAUCGUCGCGGGACAAGGAGGAGAAGAACAAGGAUCGCAAGAAACAAGAUACGCCGGAGGAGGGUGAACACUGCGACGACUCGGAUCGCGAAGAGCGUGCCGGUAGCGAGGAUAGCGAACUCGCGCGUCAGCGCGAAACCGAAGCCGAACAAAAGCAAAAAGACCGCGAGCGCAAGUUGCGAGCGGAGCAGAGCAUUAGGGAGCGCGAAAAGGAGGUGCAUCGCACUCUAGCUGGUCAUCUGCGCGAUCGUGACAAGGAGCGUGAGCAUCACAAGCGUGACGAAUGCAUUGGACACUUUACGGCACUGUUGACGGAUCUGGUGCGCACGCCCGAUUUCACAUGGAAAGAGGUAAAACGUCAGCUGCGCAAGGAUCAUCGCUGGGAACUAAUUGAGACACUCGAUCGUGAUGAACGUGAGCGUAUCUUUAACGAACAUAUUGACAAUUUGAUGAAAAAGAAGCGCGAAAAAUUCCGCGAAAUGCUUGACGAAAUUAGCACACUAGAACUGACUAGCACCUGGAAAGAAAUCAAGAAACUAGUCAAGGAUGAUCCGCGCUAUCUCAAAUACAGCUCGGAUAAAGGCGAGCGUGAGUUUCGUGAUUACAUUAAAGAUAAAACCAUGCAGGCCAAGACGGCGCUGCGUGAACUAUUGCAGGAGUGCAAAUUUAUUACACACAAAAGCAGCGAUCUCAUCAAGGAGAAUGCCAAUCACCUUAAGGAAAUACAGGACAUUCUCAAGAACGACAAGCGCUACUUGGUGCUGGAUCAUUUGGAUGAGGAGCGCAGUAGUAUUCUAACAGCUUUCUUAGAGGAAAUGAACAAGCGUGGACCUCCACCACCUCCGACAGCCUCCGAGUCCACACGUCGCAAUAAGUAAAGCCGCAAGCAUACUAUUCAUAACUAACAACUCAAACCCAAUAUAAGUUAAGGAUUGAAAUUAUGUAGCAACUAAAAAAAAAAAUUUUAAACCUUUCAAGUGCAUGCUGAAAUGUACUAUACAAUAAACGCAAAUUGAAAAGAGAA